AUGCAAAACGGAGUUGGCUCCUCCCUUGCGGCGGAGGCGGAAGAGGUUUAUCGUCAACGACAACAGGUCGAAGAAAGAAUGGAGGCGCUUGCCAGUUUCUUAACAUCUGACGGUAUGCCCGGCCUCGAUGGCCCGCUGGUAGACGAAGAAGGUUUCCCCAGAGCAGAUAUUGAUGUGCAUGCAGUGCGGGAUGCUCGUCAUCGGCUUGCUUGCCUGAAGACGGACUAUCAGAAAAUGCAGUACCAAUUCAAGAAGAGGAAGAACCUCCUCAGCUACUUGAAGAAGAGGGUCCAGCAUUCGCUGAGGUGGACGUUGUGCAUCCCGGUAGUCCCAGCAGUACAGCUGGUAUCGUUGUUGGUGAUCGAGUUUUGCGUUUGGGUUCAUUGCAUUUGA